AUUUAGAUGAACUAGAUGUGAAUCAGGGAAUAGAAACAAAGAAUCUGUUUUCUCACCUGGAGGAAAAACCUAAAAAUAUUUUUCACUUAUUUUUCCUGUUGCAGAUCAACUUAAAACUGAAGAUCGAUGUGUCCCUGAACGCAGCAUCAUGGAUCAGAGUGAGGAGCUGAAAGAAGGAGAAACUCUGCCUCAGUCUGAGAACCAGAGCAAAGCUAAGAGCAAACAAUCUGACCAUGAAGUGGAACCAGAAUCCUGGGAGACUAGGUCCAAAGUGUAUUUUAUUGAUUUUAAAUCAAACCAGCCUUCAUCUAAAAAGAGAGCUCAGCACUCACUGUCCAGCUGUUCAUCUGGACAACUGUCAGAAAACGACCAACCUCCAUCUCCAAAGAGAGUGAAGCAGAGCUCAGAGGUUCCUAGUGGUCAGUCUCCCCAACAGCAUCAAAUAGAGCUGGACUCCAUAUUUAAGGAGCUGAAAAAGAAGAUUAUCAUCUUUGCGGAAUGUGAGCUGAAAAAGAUCCAAAUGGUUCUGGGUUCAGAUUACCCAGAAGGUUUAGAUGAGAAUAAGGAGGAGGAUGAAGUUUUGGCAGGUGAAAAUAAACAGCAGAUGAAGAAGAGCAGAGAAGCAUUUGAGAAUAUCACAGAGCAGUUCCUGAGGAUGAUGAACCAGGAGAAGCUUGCUGACCAUCUUCAAAGCAAAUCAUUCACCACCUGUCAACAAACACUAAAGUCUAACAUGAAGAAAAAAUUCCAGCAUGUGUUUGAAGGAAUCGCAAAAUCAGGAAAUCAAAGCUUUCUAAAUGAGAUCUACACAGAGCUCUACAUCACAGAGGGAGGAUCUGAAGAGGUCAAUGGUGAACAUGAGGUCAGGCAGAUUGAAACAUUGUCCUGGAAACCAGAAAGGCCAGAAACAGCAAUUAGACAUGGAGACAUAUUUAAACCCUCACCUGAAAGAGAAGAACCAAUAAAAACAGUAAUGACAACAGGAGUGGCUGGCAUUGGGAAAACAGUCCUAACACAGAAGUUCACUCUGGACUGGGCAGAAGACCAAACCAACCAGAACAUCCAGUUCAUGUUUCCAUUCACAUUCAGAGAGCUGAAUCUGUUAAAAGAUGAACAAUUCAGCUUGAUGGAGCUUGUUCACCACUUUUUUAGUGAAACCAGAGGAAUAUUAAAAUUUGAAGAGUUACAGGUUGUGUUCAUCUUUGAUGGGUUGGAUGAGAGUCGACUUCCACUGGACUUUCACAACAAUGAGAUCCUGACAGAUAUAAGAAAGUCCACUUCAGUAGAUGUUCUUCUGACAAACCUCAUCAGAGGGAACCUGCUUCCCAAAGCUCACCUCUGGAUAACCACACGACCUGCAGCAGCUAAUAAGAUCCCUCCUGAGUUCAUUGGCAUGAUGACAGAGAUCAGAGGAUUCACUGACCCACAGAAGGACAAUUACUUCACAAAAAGAUUUAGAUAUAAGAAAGAGGCAAGAAUAGUAAUCUCCCAUAUAAAGAAAUCAAGAACCCUCCACAUCAUGUGCCACAUCCCAAUCUUCUGCUGGAUCACUGCUACAGUUGUGGAAGACAUGUUGAACAAGAAAGACAAGGAGCUGCCAAAGACCCUGACUGAGAUGUACAUUCACUUCCUGGUGGUGCAGAAUAAACUGAAGGUCAUCAAGUAUGAUGGAGGAGCUGAGACAGAUUCACACUGGAGUCCAGACAGCCGGAAGAUGAUCAAGUCUCUGGGAAAACUGGCUUAUGAGCAACUGAUGAAAAGAAACCUGAUCUUCUAUGAAUCAGACCUGGCAGAGUGUGGCAUUGAUAUCAGAUCAGCUUCAGUGUGCUCAGGAGUGUUCACACAGAUCUUCAGAGAAGAGAGAGGGUUGUACCAGAACAAGUUGUUCUGCUUCGUCCACCUGAGCGUUCAGGAGUUUCUGGCUGCUCUUCAUGUUCACUUGACCUUCAUCAAAUCUGGAAUCAGUCUGCUCGCAAAAGGUGAAAUGAAAUCCAAGAAAAUAGAAAAAGGAAACCAUGAAUCUCCAGAGACAGACAUUUACAAGAAUGCUGUGGACAUGGCCCUAGAGAGUCCAGAUGGACACCUGGACUUGUUCCUCCGCUUUCUACUUGGUCUUUCACUGGAGACCAAUAAGCUUCACGUAAGAGGCUUUGUGGCACAGACAGAAGAAAGUUUACCAAUUAUUAAAGACACAGCCCAGUACAUCAAGGAGAAGUUGAAUCAUCUGUGUGUUGAGAAAAGCAUCAAUCUGUUCCACUGUCUUAAUGAACUAAAUGACCAGUCUCUGGUGGAGGAAAUCCAACAAUCUUUAAGUACAGGAAGUCUUUCAGCACAUCAGCUGUCUCCUGCUCAGUGGUCAGCUCUGCACUUCAUCCUACUUUCAUCAGACAAAGGUCUGGAGAUAUUUGACCUGAAGAAAUACUCUGCUUCAGAGGAAGCUGUUCAGAGACUGCUGCCAAUAGUCAACGCCUCCAGCAAAGCUAUACUGAGUGGGUGUAACCUCUCAGAGAAAACUUGUGAAGUUCUGUCCUCAUUUAUCAGGUCAACGACCUCUAGUCUGAAAGAUCUGGACCUGAGUAACAAUGAUCUGACAGAUUCAGGAGUGAAGCUGCUCUGUGAGGGACUGAAGAGUCCCAACUGUGAACUGGAGAUUCUCAGGCUUUCAGGCUGCCUGAUCACAGAGGAAGGCUGUGCUGCUCUGGCUUCAGCUCUGACUGUGAACUCCUCUCACCUGAAGGAGCUGGACCUCAGCUACAAUAAUCCAGGAGAGGCAGGAAUGAAGAGUCUAGAAGCUAUACAGAAGAAUCCAAACUUCAAACUGGACUCUCUGAGCAUGGAGCCUGCAGGAGACAAAUGGAUGACAGCAGGUCUGAGGAAGUAUUCCUGUCCACUAACAGUCGACCUAAAUACUGUAAGCACAUUUCUCAAACGUUCUGACAAAAACAGGAAGGUGACACGUGUGGAAGAGGAGCAGCCGUAUCCGGAUCAUCCAGACAGAUUUGAUCUCUGUCAGCUGCUGUGUACUGAUGGUCUGACUGGUCGCAGUUACUGGGAGGUUGAGUGGGGUGGGAAAGUCUACAUAUCAGUGAGUUACAGGGGAAUCAAUAGAAAAGGAGCCAAUGACGAUUCCUGGUUUGGAUUUAAUGAUAAGUCCUGGAGUCUAGUCUGCUCUGAUGAUGGUUACACUGUUUGGCAUGAUAGUGUAAAAAAAGCUUUCAUCCCCGUUCCCUCCUUCUCCUCCUCCUCCUCUGUCUCUGGCAGAGUAGCUGUGUAUGUGGACUGUCCUGCUGGGACUCUGUCCUUCUACAGAGUCUCUUCAGAUACACUGAUCCACAUCUACACCUUCCACACCAAAUUCACUGAAACUCUUUACCCUGGAUUUGGGUUCAGGUGUCGUUCAGGAGUGUGUUGGUGCUCAUUUUAGAAUAGUCCUAAGUGCU